UGAUUUUUUAACUCUAUAGCUCUGUAGUUAGUAACAAAAUCAUAUGUAUUAUCUUGUUCGAUAUAAAUUUUUAUACACGUGUAUUUUCUCUCAUUGAAAUUUUAUUUGUAAUAUUCAUACAUUCUUUGUAGAUUAUUAUCUUACGGUUAUAAAAAAAUUUCUCACUGAUAAUGCCUGAAUACGAACUUGUCGUUGUGGGUAAUGGUUGUGUUGGAAAGUCAGCACUCACCAUACAAAUAGUGAAAAAUUAUUUUAAAGAUGAGUGUGAUCCAACAAUUGAAGACUCCUACAAGAAACAGGUGAGAAUUGAUGAUGAGACAUGCUUGUUGGAUAUAUUAGACAUUGCUGGUCAAGAAGAUUUUUCUACUAUGACAGACCAGUAUUUGAGAAUUGGAGACGGAUUCAUUCUCGUAUUUUCCGUUGACUCGGCAAAAAGUUUUGACGAUAUUCAUGAAUAUUAUAAAAGAAUAAGGAAAGUGAAAGAUGUAGAAAAAGUACCCAUGGUCUUGGUAGCAAACAAAUGUGAUCUGGAACAACCUUGGGCUGUCGACAUAGCCGAAGCUAGAGGAAUUGCAGAACUGUAUGGUUUACCUUUUAUCGAGACGUCGGCGAAAACGAGAAAGGGAGUUGAAGAUGCAUUCUUCGCUUUAGUCAGAGAAAUCCGAAAAGAUAGAGACAAAGGAAAAUCUAAGAAAGCAAAAAUAUUCAGACGCAGAAAAGGACAAUGUUGUAUUCUUUGAACGUUCCAUGAUUAAAUUCUUAUUCAUGAGAUGAACUGUAACGUAAGGAUAUGGAUAACUUUUUAUUCCGUUAUAAAAUUGAUUUUAUUAUUAUAGCAUUAUUUUUGGUUAUUCAUGCUUGUUUUAUAUUUUACCGUGCAUGUAAAUAAACUUUAAGAAUUACAAGUAUAGUUAUUUUAAUUCACUUUGAGCAUCAUUAUAUUUUUUCGUUUGUCUCUAAACUUAAAAU